GGUGUACGGGUGUGUCGAUACUGAGUGAAAAUAAGAUCUAGUAAAGUCAUUUAUAAACAAGCCCAAGUUAACCAAUUGAAGUUUAUUAUUAAUAAUCUUAUGAGUUCAGUCAUACAACAUUCAUCUUCGAUUCAUAAUACUUUCAUUUCCACUGUUGACCAUCUACCUUGUGACAUAAUACGGUCUCUUUGGCUAAUACAGGCAUGUAAUAUUGCAGUUGAUAGACAUCGACAAAGGCUACAUGAUUUAUUAUUACAGCUACAGCAUGAUCCAUUGGUAGAUAAGAAGAAUAUUAUAAACCAGCUCAAGUUCCUCAAGCUGAAAAUACAGUCCCUCAAUUUAGAGGCCACUGCCGAAGCAAAGGCUUUGCAUAACCAAUUGAUAACGCAUGAAAUAACACUAAGUGAUGAAGUUGAUGAAUUACGAAAUCUAGCCCAAAAUUCGGGCGUUUUAACAGCAAAUUCAGAAGAUCAGGAUAAACUUCGAGCUCAGCUCAUUGAACACUAUAGGAAAAACCCCCUUACAUCUCAAAAGGAAGCACUUAAAGAACAAGAUGAGAUGGACUCAGUAAAUGCAAAUAAUCAGAAAUUAACUGAUCAAGAAACGAGCAGUGGCAUUAAAUUGGUAUUAAGAUUAUCUAAGGAUAAAACGAAAUUGAAGCUGAAGGGAAGAUCCAGAGUUGAAAUCAGUAAUAGAUCUAGAGGAAGACCCAGAAUAGUAAAACCAAAAACUAAUGAAAGUGACAAGUUGAAAGGAGAGACUAAACCAAGAGGUAGACCCAGAUUAGACUCCAAGCAACAAAUUGCUCAACCGGAGGAACCUAAGGGAAGAAGGAGCUCUUACAAAGUGAGCAAACCGGUUGCUUCAACAUCCAAACAUACCAGAAAGAAAAUAGAGCCAAAAGAACAAGACAGUGAGGUUUACCUAGCAGAAACAGCUGAAGAUGAGGAUAACAAACCUUACUGCUUCUGUCGCCAACCAUCUCUUGGGGGUAUGAUUGCAUGCGACAAUGACGCAUGUCCUAAUGGUGAAUGGUUUCAUUAUAAAUGUGUUGGACUUUUCAAUAGGGUUGAGGCAAUGAAAUAUACCAAAGGUGGUAAUAAAUGGUUUUGCUCUGAUAAAUGUAAAGAAAUUGCAUCGGAAAAACAGAGAAGAAGAAGGAAAAGAAAGAAGAACAAAGGUUCUUAUUAAUGUACAAUAUUAUUUAUUUUAAAUGUAUAUAUAUAGAUUAUACAGUCAAUAAUUCCAACAUACCACCAAUUUCAUUAGCUUCUUUACAUUUUUUG